UACGCCAUAUAUAUAUAUAUAUAUAUAUUGAUAUAACUUGUACUUAGAUACUUAACAAUGGAUCCGAACAAAACGAAAAAUGCCUCAGAAGGCAUAGCACCAAUAGGAAUAAUGGCCCUCAAUGAAACGGCUCUGUCCAAUCAACCAGAGUCAAGAUAUGAGUGUCCAGUUUGCUUGAAUUGGCUCCGAGAUCCAGUAAUAACAACCUGUGGACACAAGUUUUGUAAAAGCUGCAUAACAUCCUGGUUACAGAACAGCGGGCACUGUCCAAUAGACAACAUCAACCUGAGUAUGAAGGUGGACAUCUUCCCCGAUAACUACACCAAGAGGGAGAUACAGGAGCAACGAAUGAAUUGUCCCUUCUCUGAUAAAGGUUGCAAUGUAAAAGUAACUCCUCUGGAUUUGGACGCGCAUAUAGCGGUGUGCGAGUACAACAAGCCGGAAGCUUCGUGUUCUGUUGUGACUAUACCGUGCUCCUUCCACGCGGUGGGAUGCAAGGAGACCUUCACAAACCAGGACGACCUCAACAAACAUCUGCAGAAUGAUAUACAGAGUCAUAUGAGUUUCCUAAUGAACGCGUACUCAGAGGUGAAGAUCACCAACGACAUAUCGAACGCGAGCAGCGCGGACGCAAAGGAGCAGGAGGCGAUCUGUCUGUGGGAUGCGCCAGACAAGAACGGCGGCGAGGCCCCCGCGCCGGACAACACUAGUGCGCUUAUCAGAGCCCUAUACGAGCGAGUGGUUAUUCUAGAGCAGAGGAAUCGAGAACAGGAUAUAGUGAUAGCGAACAUGUCCAAACAGCUGUCGGCAUUCGCCGUGGCCAAGAUGAAACAGAAUAACGACAUGCUGCUGCGUUACUGUAUGGGCCACUACAUAUGGAAGAUCGAUAACUUCAAAGCGAGACUGGAUGCCAUGUUGAAAGACCACUGCAAAAUGUUGUACAGCCCUGGAUUUUAUACGUCGCCUAAUGGAUACAAAUUCUGCGUCCGCCUGAACAUCUCGGCGCAGAACCCGCUGUGCUUCGCGCUGCACGUGCACCUCAUGCGGACGGAGAACGACGAGUUCCUCGAGUGGCCCUUCAACGGACGGAUAUCCUUCGCCAUGAUCAACCGCUACAACCCCGAGAAGACUCAACGCGACACCAUGAUGUCGAACUCAACGCUCGUGGCGUUCAGACGGCCGACCGCCGAGAUCUGCGUGCGUGGGUUCGGGUACACCGAGUACGCCGUGGUCAGCGACGUGGUCAGGGACGGCUUCGUGAGAGACGACGUGCUCAUCAUACGCGUCAACAUACGGAGCGUAUGACAUAUGUGGGAGCGGGACGGCAAUAUGACAUCGCCUAAUGGCCAACCCACACGUACCACAACCUCACCACAUCGCAACGACAAGAUGU